CCAAAGAAACAAUAUGAGGUCGUUUGUCUCCGUGAGUUCUCUUCUUCUUCUUCUCUCAUUUUCUUCGUCUGUUCUCUCAGACAAUCAAUAUUUUCAAAAACUUCCGGUACCGGGAAACAGGACAGGACCUGAAGCUUUCGCUUUUGAUUCCACCGGAAAAGGAUUCUACACCGGAGUCUCCGGUGGUAAAAUCCUCAAGUGGCUUCCAGGAAAAGGUUAUGUCGAUUUUGCUCAGAUCACCGGCUCUUCAAAGUCGUCUUUGUGCGACGGAGCACUUGGAACCGUUAAUGCCGGAAAAUGUGGCCGACCGGCGGGAAUAGCUUUCAACGGGAAAACAGGUGAUCUUUACGUUUCUGAUGCUCCUUUGGGUCUCCACGUCAUCUCUAGCGGUGGCGGUUUGGCCAAGAAGAUCGCCGACAGUGUUAACGGCAAGCCUUUCUUGUUUCUCGACGGUCUCGACAUUGAUCCCACUACCGGUGUCGUCUAUUUCACUUCCUUCAGCUCAACAUUUGGCCCUCGCGAUGUGUUGAAAGCAGUGGCAACAAAAGACUCGACAGGGAAGCUUUUCAAAUACGAUCCAUCGAAAAAGGUCGUGACUGUAUUGAUGGAAGGUCUAAGUGGCUCAGCCGGAUGUGCGGUUAGCUCAGACGGUUCAUUUGUGCUGGUUAGUCAGUUCACAAAAAGUAACAUCAAGAGGUAUUGGAUCAAAGGAUCUAAAGCUGGUACUUCUGAAGACUUCACCAACUCGGUCUCGAGCCCUGACAAUAUCAAGAGGAUCGGUUCUUCUGGAAACUUUUGGGUUGCGUCAGUCGUGAACUCAGCCACCGGACCCACAAACCCUUCGGCGGUUAAGGUUAGAUCUGAUGGUAAAGUGCUUCAGACCAUUCCCUUUAAAGAUAAGUUUGGGGAUACUUUGGUCAGCGAGGUUAACGAAUUCAAUGGAAAGAUUUAUAUCGGCGCUCUGUUUGGUCCUUUCGCCGGGAUUCUUAAGGUUUAAAGUGUGACAUUAGUUUGGGUUUUAGAAAUAGUGAUUGUGUCGAAAUAAAAUCUUGACGGAUGAUAAGAUUCAAUGUGUAAACUCUUAUCUAUUACUUCCGAUGCACUGUUACAAAGAAUAGAGUCACCGGCACAUCACCGAUACAUCAACUCUAUCUCCCUAAGCGACACAUACGUCACUCAACAUACAACAAACAAUGCAUAAACUCUACAAAAUGGCUAACAAAGCUUAUAUACAACAGAUUAGUCACGUGAUUCUUCCUCCUUCAAGAUGCAGGAACACGUGACUUCCUUCUAGUGUAGACGUUAUACGGCUUAUCAAUACCACUCCCUUCGAAGAAAGCUUGUCCUCAAGCUUCUGCACAUUAGUCACUCCUGUCCGCUGUUUCAACACCCAAAAACACGCAAUAGCAGUCUUGUAUGUAAUACCACUGUUGUACUCUUCAUGUUGCAGUUCUUUAAUUUGCCAACAAUGCCACACAGAAGAAUAAGAAGGCAUGCCCAAUAUAAAUGAAAACAUGCUCCCGAUAACACACUUCCCUUUUUGUAUUUUAUGAAUUUCCCAAAUCGAGUAACCAUGACUCCUCUUUUGUCCGGCUGGCUCAAGUUCAUCACUAUCAACAUCCCACUGUAAAUUUCUACUCAUGUGAUAACAAAUUAAAGAAGAAACUCUCAAAGUUGGCCAGAACUGAGAUAUAUUGAUCUGCUCCAUGAAAUGCAGAGUUGAAAAUUAUUGCUUGUCCUCAAGCUGUGUAGUAG